UCUACAGCCACUUCCUGUGCAAUGUGUCAUUUCUUUUCUUUCUCCAAAUCUAACUGUUGUCUCGCAGUCAUGGCUUCUGUCAUGACAAAUAAAGCUACCAGCCUUCUGAUUUUUAUAAGCAUUCUUCAAGGAACUCAGAGUGUCAUCAUAGAACACAAAACAGAGGUAAAUGCGGCAGUUGGACAGAACAUCAGUCUGCCGUGCAUCAUGUCCAAGGAGCAUCCAACAAUCAUCCAGUUACAAUGGCACAAAGAGGGAGAAAAGGGAGAGCAAAAAUUAGUGGUGUUUAAUCCUUCCUAUACUGUUCUUUACUAUGCGAAUCAUAAAUUGGAGCUGGUGAACGAAACGAACACCACUGAGUUGCGAGGCUCCAUAUUGCUUUUGCAGGAGGUUACAGAGAAGGAUAGUGGAAACUAUGUUUGCGAUAUCGCCUCAUUUCCUGCUGGCAGCAUCAAAACAGUCACAAAAGUCCAAGUUAAAGUGCCAGAGGUUUCAAUGAAGAUCACGUCCCCCGAGAGGACUGUAAUAGAAGGGGACACAGUGAGCAUCACAUGUGUCAGUGAUCCUCCACCUGACAAGUACAUGUUAUUAUCCUCACGGAGUCAAUCAAUUAUGGAAAGUCAGGAUGGAAAAUUCACAAUUCAGAACAUUACUCGGCACAUCAGUGACCUGAUAUGUCAGCCCACCUGGAACUCAUCAAACCAACACUUACAAAGCCUCAACGCAACUAUGUACCUGACUGUAGACUUUCUUGACAAUAUAGAGUGUAAUUCCGAGAGCCAGAUACAAGUUGAGACUGGGACAAAUCUGACGAUUACCUGUGACGCAAUGUCUUCCAAGUCCUUGCGUUUUGUCUGGAUGAAGGACAACAUGACAGUAUCCUCCAAUGCCAGUAUAAACCUGUGGUCAGUGAGUCCUGAUCAUUCUGGGAUUUACACCCUGUUUGUUCACAUCGAAAAUCAUAAUCAUCUACACAGACAGAAGAAUUUUACAGUUACUGUGAUAAAUAAGAGCUACACAGUGCCACAGGUCACCAUGGAUGUCACAUCACCAGACAGAAUGGUGACAGAAGGGGACAGAAUGGUGACAGAAGGGGACAAUGUGCAACGUGAGCAUUAUAUGUGUUUGCAAUAUGAUGUUAUUGAACUUGUUACCAAGACAACAGAGCUGUAAGCAGAAACCUGCUCAUGUGCAGCCCUACUGAAUGUAAACAAAGUUAGUUCAAAGUUAGGGAAAUGUUGAAGAUGACCACUGUCCCUGGAAUUUGAGCUAAAUAUUAAGAUGCCGAUUUUUUUUUUGUUAUUCUUUAUUUAUUUAACUUUUUCCUUUUUUAAAAUAAAUAUCUACUUGUUUUUAAGCAUUAACAACUGUGUCUGUUGGACUGAAAAAAAAAAAAAAAAAAAAAAAAAAAAAAGACAAAUACUGGAAAUAAAUUUGACACACAUUUUUUGGAUAAUUUUGAAUUCUUUAACAUAUAUGGCCCUAACAAGAUUUACAUCUACAUAGGUCAACGUAGGCCUCCCCCAAAUUGACUGGAAAAGCAUAUUUUCCAUUUCCAUCUUCGUGUGCGUGUUUUCACAUGUGUGGUUGAAGAUGUAUGAAAAAUUAGCUGUUUAGAUUGAGCUGUUUGCAUUCCCCACCAUUAUAUGUAAGAGACGUUUAGCUAUUUAGGUUAUGUUACCUGUAUUCUCCACUAAAAUAUGUAGGAGAGACUAGCAGAUUAGCUCAGAAGGGGAAAUUUUGCUAAUUUAAUAUUUCUGAUCAACUAUUCAUCCAGCAAUAAGUUGAAAUUAGUGUAAUUAUUAAUUAUGCAUUAGAUUUUACCUCCAUGACCACCGGCAAUAAUAUCCUAAAUAUAGUGAAACACUAAAUUAAAAGUAUAGUAACAAGAUUAUCAGUUCAUGGCAGCAGAGUAAAAAGCAACUAAGACACACAUCUUUAAAAACAGAUUAGAUUUUAUUAAACUAUUCUACUACACAGAAACUAAUUUAACACAGACAGUGGUGAAAAUGGCUUUGAACAGAGAGUGAAUGAAUUUCACAUUUCUAGCACUGUAUGAGAUUUCUCAGACCAUGAUCUGAAUGAACCAUCAACUUAUUAAUUUACCUUCACUUCCUUUAGAAGGGAUUUAAACUUAUUAUAUGCAUCAGUUCAGCGAGAAUCUGCAUUUGAAUUGUCGUUCCAAAUGGAAAUUCGCUCAUUACGUUGUUGGGUAGAAUGGAUUCCCGGUGAUGGGGGGAUUCAUCAGCAGUCUGGCUGAUUUUGAGUGGUGUCUCAGAAGACCAAUAGGAAUGAUGAAUGGAAUGGAGUCUCGUAGCCGGGUUGCUUGAUGAGCUUGGUGGCGGUUCUAGGUUGAGGCUCCAAGCAGAUGCGAUCUCCCAAAGAUGUUGAUUUGGGAGAACUCUCAGAUGAUUCCAAUGACUCUGAACACUCAAGACUCUUUGUGUCAUAGGAUUUUAACCCUUUCUGGCUAGUCCAGCCCCAAAAUGUUUCCUCCAAUCAAAUAUUGUCUUAGGGCGAGGUGUAAGCCAUAUUCUCAGCCUAUGACGCUAAUUAGUCCAUUGUCUCUGAAGAUGUGUGGUUCCACAUUUUCAUGAUGUGUGGAUCAAACUUUGGUUUCAAAUUUUAACAUGUACACAUAAUGACAUUCUACCCAAAUUUCCUUACUCUGAUCACUCAACGAACACACACAUACCAUACAAGACAUAUAUUGUCUGUUAUACACUUCUAAUAAUCAGCCAUAAUAAUCAGUAAUACUAUACUAAUGCAUGCUAAAUAAAUCAAAAAUAAUUAGAGGCAACUUUGUGGUUAUGAGCAUAAUAAGUCCAGAAGAAAACAUGACUGUA